AUUAAAAGCGUCUCCGAGCACGAAUACGGUUAAGCCAAUACAAAAAUAGUGAACGAACGUAUAGAGGGCAUUCGUGAACUACACACACACACUCGCUUGCAUAGACGAAGUUAGUGAACGCGUGAAGUGUGGAAGGAUUCAACUAUUUGCUGGAAUCAAGAAAAUAAAAUCAAAAAUAAAUUUCACUGCCGCUUAAAGGAUAGCAACUAGUAGACGUGUGAAAAAAUGGAGAUCUUGUCCGUUAGAGUGUCGUAUGUCGCGUUGAUUGUGCUCGUUGUUGGUGUGCUAUUGGUGCAAGCACGUCCGCAGGCGCCCGAACAACCUGAGCCGUAUGAAUACCAAUAUGAGGUUAAGGAUCCCGAAAAAGAGCUAUUCUUCAACAAAAACGAAGCAGGCGACGCUGCCGGAAAGGUGUCUGGACAAUACUCUGUGUGGCUGCCAGAUGGACGCCUUAUGACCGUUGCCUACACCGUAGAGGGCGAGAAUGGUUUUGUGCCUAAAGUGACGUUCGAUACAACAAACCCAUUGGGUUAGAAAGCUAAUGCGGCUAAAAAACCAGCGAUAAACACACGCAUAACACCGGAAAAGCGCAUGUCAAGCAGUACAAUCCAACGGAAAAUGUUAAAACAAGGAAUGGUGAUGGAAUAUAUACAACAACAACAACAAUGAAAUCAAUUAGAAUUUUUUGCGGAGCAGGAGAACGUGAAAAAUAAAUAAAUAAAUAUUUAGUUAAUUAUUAGCUAAGUGGUAAUAUGUAUAUGCAGCAAAUAUAGCAAAAUAUUGCAUAUCUAAGAAAGCAACAACACACACGCAAUACAUAUGUACAUA